GGUACUCUCGAAUCCCUCAAUUCCAAACACCAAAAAUUGAGAAAAGAAAAUAAAAGAAAGCAGCCAAACAGAACCUUGAAAAGCCGACGCAAAAAAGCGGAGGUUUAAUGAUGAGUUUCAAAAUGUGAUAACUUGGGAAGAAGAAGAAGAAGAAGAAAGUGUUGAAGUUGAAAAUGAAUGUCUCUCUGAUGUCACAAAACAACCACACUCUCCAUUCUCAUUCUCCAUAACCACAACCAACCUUCUAAAUCUUCAAAUCUCUCUCUCUCUCUCUCUCUCUCCAGCUAUCUCUUCCAAUGAAGCAGAAACCAUUCCAACACACUCGAACCAAAAACAACGACAACGCCAUAACUCACCCUUUUAGAUGAAGAUUCCCGCCAACGCUACCGUCGCCGUCAUCUCCGUCUUGUUCGUCUUCUCCAUAAUAGCGCCAUCCUCGUAUGCCCUUGGCUCAGGCACCACCCUCGCUGUAACUGACGCCUCAUUCGAGAAUCUCGCCGUCGGGGACUCCCAGGUUUGCGCCACGGUUGUGGGAACCGGAACGGCGACGUGUUGGAGAACCGGUAGAAGCAAAGGUUCCGACUUUUCAUCUGGGUCGGACCGGUUCGCGUCCAUAUCAUCAGGGUCGGGUUUUUCAUGUGGUAUUUUGAAGGAAAGUUCUCGAAUUCGGUGUUGGGGAAGUAACGCUUCCGUUGCGGAUUCCAUAGAGAGUGAGUUUCGAAACGUUUCAAUGUUGAGCAUUGUGGCUGGCGGUUCACACUUGUGUGGUUUGAAUUCAACUGGGUUUUUGGUGUGUAAAGGAAGUAACAGUUUUGGGCAAAUUGAGGUUCCUCAUCAAGGUGUUGCUUUUGAGUAUUCUGGUUUGGCUCUCGGUGAUUCUCAUAGUUGUGCUAUUAGAAGAUCCAAUGGUUCUGUUUUUUGUUGGGGUGACAACGGAAUUUUCAAUGCUAAUUUCACAAAAGGUGUGUCUUUUGAGGUUAUUGUUUCUGGGUCUGAUUUUAUCUGUGGAUUAACGACAAGAAAUUUCUCUGUUUUGUGUUGGGGUCCUGGUUGGUCAAAUGGUUCUGAUUCUGAUUCUGAUUCUGAUGUUGUGGUUCCUUUUUUGUCUCCGAUUCUUCCGGGUCCUUGUGUUCAAUCUUCUUGCAGUGAGUGUGGUAUCUAUCCUCAAUCUCAAUACUUGUGUUCUGGUUUUGGUAACAUUUGUAAGCCUAAGCCUUGUGGGGCUCAAGUGCCGGUGAUGCCGGCUAGGCCUCCUGCGGUGGUGCCAUUGCCGGCGGCGGCGCCAUCUUCUCGGUCAAAGACCUUGACAACAGGGUUGUUGGCAUUUGCCAUAGUUGGAUCAGUGGGUGCUAUUGCUGGAGUUUGCACUCUGCUUUAUUGCUUGUGGAAUGGUGUUUGUUUAGGGAAGAAGAAAAUUCAUAAUUCUGUUCAACCAACCAUUACUAGAGGUGGCAGUUCCAAUAAUGGUGGGGCCGUUCAAUCCAAUAGCCCGCUGUCGAGAUCAAUGACCGUUAGGCGUCAGGGAUCGAGGAUAAUGCGGCGGCAGAGAAGUGGAACCUCGUCAGCCAAACAUCCAGACAAGGCUGAGGAGUUCACCCUGGCUGAUCUUAGUGCUGCCACCAAUAACUUUUCACCCGAAAACAAGAUUGGGGCUGGAAGCUUUGGCAUUGUGUACCGAGGAAAACUCGCUGAUGGACGCGAGGUGGCGAUCAAGAGAGGGGAAACAGAAACAGGUACCAAGAUGAAGAAGUUUCAAGAGAAAGAGAGCGCGUUCGAGUCGGAAUUAGCCUUCUUGUCACGACUACACCACAAGCAUUUGGUUAGGUUAGUAGGAUUCUGUGAUGAAAAAGAUGAAAAGCUCUUAGUUUAUGAGUACAUGAAGAAUGGAGCAUUGUAUGAUCAUUUGCAUGGCAAGAACAAUGUGGAUAAGAAUAGUAGUGUCUUGAAUUCUUGGAGAAUGAGGAUCAAAAUCGCAUUGGACGCUUCGCGAGGGAUUGAGUAUCUCCAUAAUUAUGCAGUUCCUUCUAUAAUUCACCGAGAUAUCAAGUCUUCCAAUAUCCUUAUUGAUGCCACUUGGACAGCAAGAGUAUCCGAUUUCGGAUUGUCAUUGAUGAGUCCGGAAUCUGAUAUUGAUUUCCGGCCAACAAAGGCAGCCGGAACAGUCGGAUACAUCGAUCCUGAGUACUAUGGUCUAAAUGUAUUGACAGCAAAGAGUGAUGUCUAUGGUCUUGGAGUGGUGCUGCUAGAACUCUUAACCGGAAAGCGAGCCAUAUUCAAAAUCGACGAAACUUCAGGCACCCCGGUGAGCAUAGUGGACUUUGCCGUGCCUGCGAUCAAGGUUGGGGAAUUGGCGAAAAUUUUGGACCCAAGGGUUGCGCCGCCUGAGUUGAAUGAAAUGGAAGCUCUGGAGCUUGUGGCCUAUACUGCCAUGCAUUGUGUGAAUUUGGAGGGAAAGGAUAGACCAACAAUGGCUGACAUUGUGGCAAAUUUGGAGCGCGCUUUAUCCCUUUGUGAAAGUAGUAGCCAUGGCAGCAUUUCCAGUGGUACAAUCUCUGUUGUAUCAGAAUAAUAUUAUCAUUUUCCCCCAUGAUUCUUUGUCAUAAAUUAUAUGAGUAUACACAUUAUAGGAAUUUCAUCUAACAUUAAGCUGUGUAGCGUAGAAUUUUGUUAAACACCAACAGCUAGUGAAGUUGAACAAUUUUCAUGUAUUUACCAAACAAAAAAAAGGCAGUUAAUAUUUUUCAUGUUGAUUAUGGGUCUAUAAGGUCUAUAAGUACACACUAAUCUUUUUUCAACUCCUCUUUUUGUCAUUCAACAUUAUGCGACAAGUCUGAACAUGAGUAAAUAAUCAUAUUA